AUGUAUAGAAAAGUUGAGAAAGAACUAGAUAAAGUGGUUGAUAAGAGCCAAGUAGGAACACCAAUAUCUGAUAAUGAAGAGACGGCCAUAACCAAAGAAACUAUUGAGAAAGAGAAGUCGUACGUUCCUCCACCACCUUAUAAACCACCAAUACCAUACCUUCAAAGACUUGCUAAAACUAAGAAUGAGGAGGACAUUACACGAAUUCCCUUUUAUGCCAAGUUCCUAAAGGAAAUCCUAUCUAAUAAGAAGAAACUUGAAGAUGACGAUACAGUGGCACUCACUACAGAGUGUAGCGCCAUUAUCCAAAACAACAUGCCCCCAAAGUUGAAAGACACUAGUAGUUUUUAUUUUCCAUGUGUGAUAGGCAAGUUUGUCAUUAACAAGCUCAACUUAGGAGACUUUAGGCCUAUGAGGACGUCCCUUAAAUUAGCCAAUCUCUCUUUUAAGUACCCCAUAGGCAUGCUAGAAAACAUUCCAGUGUGCAUUGGCCAAUUUUACAUUCCUAUGAAUUUUAUAGUGAUGGACAUAAGUGAGGACUCCAAUAUUCCUAUCAUCUUAGGAAUGCCCUUCUUAGCCACAACCGGUGUGAUCAUAGAUGUGAAACGAGGGAAAUUAACCUUUAAAGUUGGUCAGGAGAAAAUUGAAUUUACUCUUUCUCAAUUUCUGAAGGCUCCAACUAUUGCUGGUGCAUGUUAUUUUAUAGACAUUAUUGAUGAAUGCAUAAAAGAGCUAGCAUCAGUAAAACCACCGACUACAAUGCUAGUUGAACUUCCAGCCACUAAAAUGGUAGAAGAAGAUGAGGCUAAAUAUUAUCACCCUUAUGUAGAAUAUAACCUAAGAGAAUGUAUUGCACUUACUCCUAAUCUUAUGCCUAGCCCUAAGGAACAAUCAAUAGAACUUAACAAACUACCCAAAAACCUAAGAUAUGAGUUUUUAGACGAGCAACUUGAUCGUCCAAUCAUAGUUAACAUUGAUAUUCAUAGAGAUGAAACUGAGAAACUCUUGGUUGUGUUAAGGAAGUACCAUACAACUUUAGGGUACAACAUCUCCAAUCUUAAAGGAGUUAUCCCCUCUAUGUGCAUGCACAAAAUUAUGCUCGAAGAGGACUCUAAAACCUUAAGAGAACACUAG